CUUCGCUCUCUGCCUUCCUCCUCAUGUCCAUACUGCUCCUCUCUCUCUCAUGAUAAGCAAUUUAUUCAUUUACAGUUCUAACCAUUUGAAUGUUGGCCAUCUUUUGUAGAUGGGACAUAAUUGCUGAAAAAUUGGGAUUCAUGCUGGUAUUUGGAGAUCUAGUGUGGAUUCCUUUCGCCUUUAGUAUUCAGGGUUGGUGGCUUUUGAGUAACCAGGUAGAGCUAACAACAGCCGCUGUUAUUGCAAAUUGCAUUGUAUUUUUGAUAGGGUAUAAGGUAUUUAGAGGAGCUAACAAGCAGAAGCAUGUGUUCAAAAAGAACCCCAAAGCACCAAUAUGGGGUAGGCCUCCCAAAGUUAUUGGGGGGAAAUUGCUUGCUUCUGGUUAUUGGGGCAUUGCAAGACACUCUAAUUACCUUGGGGAUUUGUUAAUAGCGUUGUCCUUUAGUUUACCUUGUGGGAUAAGUUCCCCUGUUCCAUACUUCUACCCGAUAUAUCUUCUUAUAUUAUUGAUAUGGAGAGAAAGAAGAGAUGAAAUCCGGUGUGCAGAGAAGUACAGAGAAGUGUGGGCAGAAUACUGUAAACUUGUUCCGUGGAGGAUAUUGCCAUAUGUUUAUUAGCAUUAAGCACCUGUAUUCUUUUAAUGUUGUCAAGUGUUGGUGGUUACAGAAUAUUCGGUUGGCGUGUAUGUUGGUAGACAGAUACUAGGUUCUGGAUGAGAACUGUAGCUACCAAAGAAUUUUGUAUUCAACCAUUUACAAUAUAUGCUGGUGUACUGUUAUGAUGGAAUUUUCCAAACUUAAAACAAAAAAUUUCUUUUUCAUUUGGGUUGGUUAGUUCUGAGUUAAAACAUUCAGUCUAUGGGCUGGCUUAGGCCCACACUAUAUAAUUAUAUUGUAUUUUUGUUGUGCAUUAUGUAUGGAGGAGUUGUCUA